GGGCGGUAUGAACAAGGAGGGUUUGGAGGGGACCGGCGCAACGAUCCGCGCGGUCGGAAUGAGAGAGGGGGAUAUGGCGUCUCAUCAGAACCAUAUCCCAAGUCGCCUGACCCCAAGGCGGCCAUGAAUUCGAUGUCUAGAGGCGCAGACGACAGAGCGUCUACUCCCAGGAACUCAUGCGUCUACUGUAGAGGAGAAGAUCAUAUCAAGAGGGAUUGCCCGGACCUCAAACGGGUAAUAGAAGAGGGACUUGUCGUGCUUGAMGACCGCAAGUACGUCAAGUGGGCAGAUGAUCUCGGAGAUGUAUCGAUGUUCCCUUCRAUGAAGGAGAAUGUCGAAGCAACGAGAAUAAAGACGAGUAAAGGAAUGGAGCCGGUCAGGAGCCAGAGUAUCAAGAUAACCUUUGAGGGGGAUAUGACGACCACACCCAUAAGGGUGGCAGCCACCAAGUCGGCGAGAGGGUCUACAUCAAAGAAAACUGACACGGAUUACGUGAUGGCGGAAAAGGACGGGCAGCGGGUCGAUGGAGAAGAGGUUAUCCUUUCGCCGCGAAAGCGGGGAGUCAAGAAGUUCUUAAUGAAGAGUUCGCUGGACGAGAUUGACACGGUCGAGCCACUGAGGCGGACCCUUCGGCAACCCAUGCAGUGCUCUAUUUUGGAGUACCUGGCGGCAUCGAAGCCAGCUCGUGAUGAGUUACAGAUGAUCACGCGSAAGACUCGCAUACCUCUAUCGGAGGAGGGUCUGGGGGGCCCUAAGGCGGAAGCUUCUACAGUAGCAGUGACGGGGGUGACUGCCAGAGCGGAUCACAUGGCGACAGUCCUUCUUGAUGGAAUGGAAAGUGUGCCUCCAGACAAGUUUUAUAUACUUGGUAGCGGGGCCGUGGAGACGAUUAUAAACGAUGGAGCGGUACUCGGUGCUGUGAUUGAUAACGGCAAUGGACUUUCACGCAUCCCUCUCGAGCGUCCGAUAGUAGCUGGGGCUCUGACAAUGGCAGAGCCGAGACGCGCUGUGAGAUUUCUAGUUAAUCUUUACGAGAGCAAGUACCGAAUGAUCGGACUACACCUGACGGGAGAGGAGAGUCAAGACUCAGAUAUCCGGAGGCAAGCAGCCCAGUACUGCCUUAGAGCGGACCACCUUUUCCGAAGGCCAGUAGGGUCGGGAAUGCCCUUACGAGUAGUCUGUGAUCCUGAGGAGAGACAGAUGAUAGUUGCGAAACUUCACGACGGGGUAGUCGGAGGACACAGGGGAGUUAAAGGAACCUAUGAAAAGAUACGCUGGCUGUACUGGUGGGAAGGACAGUAUAAGGACGUCGAGAAGUACUGUAUGACAUGCCAAGAAUGCCAGAAGAGAGCUCUUGUGAAAUACAAAGAGUCACUUCAUCCAUCCUAUCCGACCAGACGAGGAGAGAAGGUACACAUCGAUCUAGUGAAAAUGCCGAGAGGGUUAGGCAAUAUGAACUACGUUGUGAACAUACGAGACGAUUUCACUGGGUUCGUGGACGGUAGACCUAUCAGGAGUAAGGCGGCAAAGGAAGUAAAGAACUUUGUCCUAGAGUACUUAUCUAGGUAUGGUUGUGCCAGCAAGAUAGUGAUGGACAGAGGGGCGGAAUUCCUAGCCGACGAGGUCCAGAGCGUGUUUAGGAGAGCCGGUGCGAGAGUUUCGAUAACCACCGCUUAUCACCCACAGUCGAACUCCCCAGUAGAGAGGGGACACCAGACUCUGAUAGCGUCACUGUCCAAGUGGUGCAAGGGUAAGGACAGUGAUUGGCCACGAUAUUUUCGAUACGCGAUAUGGGCGGACAACGUCACGGUCCGGGCUAGUACCAGAUACCCACCGUACACCUUGUGGUUUGGACGACAUUGUCCGCUUCCCAUAGAAUUUCACGUCGACAGCUGGACAACCAUCGGCUGGGCAGAGGAGAUGUCCAGAGAAGAACUCUUAGCUGCCCGAACGAGACAAAUAGCCUACGGUUUGAAAGAAGACCUCAUGACAGCGGCAGAUCGUCUGGUAGUGGAAAGGGAGAAGGGUAAAGAGAGAUGGGAUAAGAACGUGCGAAUCAGGAAAGAGAGGGUGAGCGUAGGAGAUAUGGUCCUUCUCUACGAUGCAGCGCUAGAAAGGACCUGGACCGGAAAGCUUGCCAAUAGAUGGAUGAGACCUUACAAAGUGGUUGAGGCACUUGACUGGGGUGCAUAUAUGAUAGCAGAACUAGACGGAUCUAAGUGGAAGGACCCAGUGGCGGGGGCUAGGUUAAAGCUGUUUAGGCCCAGGCCCACGCCCGCUUUAUCACUAACCGGCCCGAAAGGGAAAGGGAAAGCCAUGAUGGAGGAUGGAGCGCCCUUGAGGCAAUUCGAGCCAGGAGAGAGUUCCAAGAAAAGGAAAAGAGUAUAGAAGAGAAAGGUCAAAGGGGUAGCUUUAGGAAGAAAGAAGAGGUGGUUAUUCGUGCUCAAGCGAGCUAG